AUGCUCAUCAUAGGCCUAACCGGCGGCAUCGCCACGGGGAAGUCGACGGUAUCGUCCAUCCUGUCAUCGCCGCCAUAUAACCUCCCCAUUAUCGAUGCCGAUCUCCUCGCACGCAAGGUGGUCGAGCCGGGCACACCGGGCUACCGCGCGAUAGUCGACUACUUCGGGCCGAGCACACCCGACCUGCUCGUACCCGCUUCUUCAGAGGUGUUCGGGGACUCGGCGGAGGCGAAGGAGGCGCGGGCGCGGCUGAACGGCAUCGUGCACCCGGCAGUGCGCAGGGAGGCGUACCGGGCGCUGCUGAGGGCGUACCUGACCGGCAGUUGGGCGGUGGUGUGGGACGUGCCGCUGCUGUUUGAGGUCGGCACCGACAGGCUCUGCGGGACGGUGGUUGUCGUCGCCGUCAAAGACCCGGCGGUGCAGAUGGAGAGGCUGCGCGCGCGGGACCCGCACCUGAGCGCCGAGGACGCCGAGAACCGCGUGCGCAGCCAGGCGGACGUGCGGCUCAAGGCGAGGAGGUGCGAGGCCAGGGGCCAGGGGAGGGGGAUUGUGGUGUGGAACGACGGGGACAGGGAGGAGCUCAGGCGGGAGGUCGACAAGGUCAUGGCGGAGGUCAGGGCGAGGAGCCCGUGGUGGUGGAGCACGGCGUUAUUCAAUCCGCCGCCCAAGGAGCUCAGCACCAUGGGUCGUGGAGCAGCCUGGCCACCAAACUCCUUCGGGGAAUGGGUGGUCGGGCAGAACUUCAAGGGCACUUCGAGGCGUUCCUCCGGCCAGACGCAAGUCCUCAAGGUCUCUCUCUCCGAAGACGAAGCGUCUGGCGACGAGACUCUCCAAGUCACCUUCCCAGGUCGACGUAGAGGCAGUAGCUCCACCAAGCAGGCUACUCCCAAGUCAUCAUCAUCGCGAAAGAAGGUCAGCUUCGAUGGCGAACGCAAGCCACUCAAGUCGGCCCUCAAAAAGCGAUCAACGAGCCCAAGUGAGUCCUCCGACACGCUAGUGGAAGACACCUCUGAAGACGACGCGACGACCGAAAAGGACGAGUCGUCAGCAAUUGACGAGAGCGAUACUUCCGAAGAUGAGGUUUGGGUCAAGAGAAAUAAGGUCAAGGCAGAAAAGAAGCCAACGAAAGCACCCAUCUGCAAAAAGGAUACCGACUCGGAGGAUUCUUCGGCCGUUAAGGACGCCCUUCCCCACGAAACAUGCGACUGCAAAGACUGUGUCAAGGGACGCAGGAUCCUCAAGGCCAUGAUAAAGCUCGAUGCGAAACGGGACAAGGGCGAAGAUUCCAAGAAGGGUGACAGCGAGAAGCAAAAGGGUCAGCAAAAGGACAUGAAGAAGAAGGCCGAGGCCACGUCUACAGAGGCUGGCGAAACGACGGAGACCGAGGCUACGGAAGAGGACAAAGAGCCACCGUCGAAACAGAAGAAGAAGAAAGGCCAACCUAAGGAAGCCGAGAAGAAGCCCUCGCCCAAGGAGAAGAAAUCCUCGCCCAAGACCGCAGAGCCAAAGCAGGCCCUCGACAAAACCGCCUUCAAACUGCCCACAUACCCAAAGAGCAUGGAGCCGAACCUCAUCAUGCCCAUCAAGUCCAAUGUUGUUCAAUGCGAGCAUACAAUUGAGGGGCCCAAUGAUCCAAGGCCCAAUGCUUUCAUUGACAGACCAGCCUGGGCCUCGGGUGGUGGAAAUCAGGGCUGGGGAAACGACGGAAAUGCCAACGGAGGCGACAACGCCUGGGGACAGACGUCUGGCGGAGACGGCAAGGCCAAAGAAUGUGACUUGAGCUUCCUGCACCAAAAGCACUCCAACUUCGAGCAACCGAGUAACAAGAGUGCGAAGGGCAGCCCGAAUGGCGGUUGGAAUACUGGCGGAGGGAACAACUGGAACCAGCAGGGUGGAAAUCCAGCCGGUGACACAGCCUGGGGAGAGCAAUCAGGCAAUGCUGGCUGGAAAGACCCCGGCAACAGCGGCUGGAACGAUACCGGCGGCAAUGCUGCAGAUGGCAACCAGAACUGGGGAGCUGGGUCACACCAUGGAUCCCUGGGGAAUGCCAACAACGACCAAGGCUGGAACACUCAAGGCCCGAAUCGCAAUAUCCUCAGUGGGGAAAUGCGAAUUCUGGCCAAGGCUGGAAUCAACAAGGCUCGACUCACAAUAGUCCUCGGGGGAAACACUUGGGGCGGGCCUCCAGGAUCCAGGCCAGCGUCUCACCACUCACGACCUCCGAGCAAUACUGGUGGUGGAUGGGGUCAUGGUGGCUGGGCACCAAGCCACGGCAACAAUACCAACAAUAAUAACAAUGGUCUUCCGGGCAACAUGCCAGGCUCUUGGGAAAACAAUGCAGGGGCUCAUUCUCGAAAGCCUAGCGGAUCCCACCAGCCUCCCCAAGGCUGGCACCAUUCUGGUCCUGGCAACUCUCCCCAUGCCGGCGACAACGGCGGUCAGGGGUGGGGCGGGCCCUCUGCACCUCCAGGACCACCAUUUUCCGGACAGGGCGGUGACCAAGGUUGGGGAGGAGGAAGCAAUAAAGGUGGAAGUCAGGCGGGCAACUGGAACACAGGAGGUUGUGGCCCAGGAGGUGGAUGGGACGAUAACCCAUCCAACAACGCUGGACCGACCAAUAACUCGUGGGAGGCAAACAUCGCCGGAGACACCAAAGGCGCGGCCACGAAUUGGUAG